AUGAGUACUUUCGGAGCCCCAGGACAGCUUCCAUCGACAAAACCGGCACCGCCACAGCGCGGAAGUUUCCCACUUGAUCACGAUGGCGAAUGCAAAUCUGUCAUGUCAGAGUAUCUGGCAUGUAUGAAAAAGGCUCGAGGCGUCAACGAGCAUGAAUGUCGCAACCUAGCAAAGUCAUAUCUCUCUUGCAGAAUGGAUCGAAAUCUAAUGGCCAAGGAUGACUUCAAAAACUUAGGUUACGCAGAUGAUUCGUCCAAGACGUCGGCGACUGGCGGAGAGCCCGAACAAGGCGUCAAGGGAGAGCUACGAUGGUAG